CUAUACCAAUGACCGUGACCAGGAAGAACGGCACCAACACAUAACCCACCGCCGCAUCCCCAUUGAUAUUGGGCGGUGGUGUGGUGAUGUUCGUGGCAUAUAACCGGGUACUCAGUGACAUGGCGCUGAGUGGUUGGGCUUUGCCAAUUCAAUUGGGCUUCAGAAACAGCAAUCCUCCUUUCGGAGGCAGUAACUGUGCAGUAGUGGUCUCAGGCUUCCUCCCUGGUUGUUUCAUUCUUGUCGUUCAUGUGACUGCCACAUGGUGUCUUUGCCCUCCCUAAUAAAGUUGGGAAAUCUGUUUGUCGGGGACAGAGACAGGGAAACAGUUACAUCACUGGGCGCUUAAUUCCCACGGAUCAAUUUGUUGACCAGAAUAUGGAGUCAGUGGCGAAAGGUGAACACAGAUUAUUGCAACGUAAUUUACGACAUCACCGUAUAUAUAUUAAACUAAUAGUUUGGACUCUUAAAAAAUACUACUUUUCAUUCUUGAACAGCCUUGAUACGACUAGUGAUCAUAAAACAACAUGGGAACUGCAUUGUUCACAUGACGUCUACGACGAAAGCUACUUUCAGGCACAAGCCCAAUGAGUGGACACUGCGAUGGCAAAACAACCUCUCUACUUCACCUUGGGUGAGCCUCCAGCGACGCGCCAGCUUGGAGGGGGUGACGCCCCCUACAUUCGAAGCCACCUGAUUGGCUGGAAGACGGCGUCUCAUCAACAAGGUCUUUCCCUGUUUCCCAAAAUUCGACUUCAAAUUCAUCCAGCAUGUGAAAAGGAAAUGUUCCCCAUUAUGUGUUAUGUGUUGAGGUUUAAAAAUCGGAUCUCGAGACGCGCAAUUAAACCAAAAUGACUGGCUUGACCUAUCGUCCAAAUUGUCAACUUCUCUUUAUGGGUUUAACUAACACUAAAGGGUCUGAAAUGGCAUCUAUUCAAGUAAAUAACAGUGUUCGUUUUUAAAUGCAUUGGUUUCAUUCAGAUGCUUGGCGAUUUCCAUUAUAGGCAUACUAUCCUACGACGUCGUCCAUAAAAAAAAAAAAGAGGGCCAUCCCCCACAGCACACACUGACGCUUUGGAGCUCCCCCUCGCUGCGUUCAUCGUGAUCUAGUGUAUGCAGCGUCUUCUCGAGCGCGCAGGGUCACCUUCUGUCAUUGCUGCUGAGAAUUGGUGAUAUUUUGCAGCAUUUGGGCUAUUGGGAGAGCGCACCUGACCAUCUCGCCCCGGUGAUCUCCCCCAGGGGACCAACGCGCUCUGCAAGGUUUAUGGAAACCUGACCUCCUGAUUGGUGGAGAAGUGUAUGUGGAACUCAGGUCUUCUGCAGAGGACACAUUUAGACUCGAGCGUGCUCUGCCACAGCCACCAAAAUGUCCGUCUCCUACGAUGAGGUUGCGGGUGCAGGUGUAGACGACACCAUGGACAGCUUCUGGGAGGUAGGGAACUACAAACGUGCUGUCAAGAGAUUCGACGACGGCCACCGGCUCUGCAACGAUCUGAUGGGAUGCCUGCAGGAGCGGGCCAAGAUAGAGAAGGCAUACGGUGACCAGCUGACCGGCUGGUCCAAGAGAUGGAGGCAGCUCAUAGAAAAAGGCCCGCAGUACGGCUCGGUGGAGCGCGCCUGGCUGGCGGUGAUGACGGAGGCAGACAAGGUGAGCGAGCUGCACCAAGAGGUGAAGAACGGCCUGGUGAACGAGGACGUGGAGAAGGUGAAGAACUGGCAGAAGGAGGCCUACCACAAGCAGAUGAUCGGCGGCUUCAAGGAAGCCAAGGAGGCCGACGAGGGCUUCAAGAAGGCCCAGAAGCCCUGGGCCAAGAAGCUCAAAGAGAUGGAGGCGGCUAAGAAGACCUACCACUUGGCGUGCAAGGAGGAGAAGAUGGCCGCCACCAGGGAGGCCAACGGCAAGACGGAGGCCUCGGUCACACAGGACCAGCAGAAGAAGCUCCACGAGAAGACGGACAAGUGCAAACACGACACGCAGAAGGCCAAGGAGAAGUACGAGAAGUCUCUGGACGAGCUGUCCAAAUGCACCCCGCAGUACAUGGAGAGCAUGGAGACGGUGUUCGACCAGUGCCAGCAGCACGAGGUCAAGAGGCUGACCUUCCUGAAGGAGGCCCUGCUGGACAUCAAGCGCCACCUCAACCUCACUGAGAACCAAAGCUAUGCCACAGUAUACAGGGAACUGGAGCGCACCAUCCUGGGGGCCAACACCCAGGAGGACCUCAAGUGGUUCAGCAACAACCACGGCCCUGAGAUGCAUAUGAAUUGGCCAGCGUUUGAGGAGUACAACCCCGAUGCGGCGAGCGCUCCUAUUAAGAAGAAGAAGCCGGACGGAGCCCCGCCCACUCCCAGCACUGACCACGUGGCUCCGCCCGGCGACCGCAGCAGCGUGAGCAGCUACGAGAAGAACCAGGCCUAUUCCACCGAGUGGUCGGACGAUGAGCAACCCGCCGGGAACUCUGGCAACGAAAAUGGUGGCAACGGAAACUCCUUCGAAGACGACUCUAGCGUGGGGAAACCACAGGCCACAGGGGUCCGUGUCCGCGCCCUGUAUGACUACGAAGGACAGGAGCAGGAUGAGCUCACCUUCAAAGCAGGGGAUGAGCUGACAAAGACCGAAGACGAAGAUGACCAAGGCUGGUGUAGAGGUCGCCUGGAUACGGGCAAGGAAGGACUCUACCCAGCCAAUUACGUCGAGCCUAUCUAGACACGUGACUGGACGGGGACCUGCCAUUGGAGGCAGCUUGAACUGUCGCGUCCAAUUGCACCGCACAUAGCCAGAGACUUAAGAGCAACACAUCCCUUGUCCGACUGAUGAGCCAAGCAGUCUUGCCGAAAUAAAAACUUAGUAACCUAAAAAGACGAUAUAUCGGUAUAAUAUAUUUUAUCAAGCAUUUGGGGUGGGUGAACAUAAACAUUUAGGAGAUAAGAGCGUCGGCGGUUAUAGCAGUAUAUUAUACACACUCCAAGCAUAACAGAAAGCCAUUGCAGGGAUACAUUUUGCUUUAUGUAGCUGUAUUCAAUAUAAUGGAGCAAAAUCUGAACAUGCUUGCAUUGUGGUUUUCUUGUCAAAUUGGGAGGACAAUAUAUUAGAUCAUACCUAUUCUACAAAGACAAGCUUGUCGAACUGCAUUGUGUAUAUAUAUAUAUAUAUAUACAGUAUGAUGCCAUUUCUCUGUUGCAUUUCAAUGCCGUGUGUGUGUCAUCAUUCUUACAUUGGGAAUGCUAUGUGUUGUUAAAAAGUAACACAAAUUGUAUCCUUUUGGUGAUUUGGUCCGAUCCCCUCUUUCCAGUGUGUGCAGUGCUCUGUGUUUUACCUGUUUCAACGCUAGUUUGCAUAGCAGCAUGCGCUAUGCAACACGCAUUCCCCGUAACCCAAGGCCACGUUUAGACUACAACUUGAUGCAACAACUGUUUUUGAAAAUGCAAAGAAAUGCAAAGAAACGUCAGUUUCUCCUUUGCGGCAUGUGCUUCUGGACAUAUCCGACCAGGCCUCACAACACUUCUAAGGGAGGCCAGUCACGUUUCCUCAUUUAUUCUGUUUCAUAGUUAAUCAAAUGUCUUCAAAUGUCAUCACAUUUGUUAAUUACAUUUAAUUUCUUCUGACCGUAUCGUCAUCAUCCUGAUCAUCCCUCCACCUCCAUAUCGAGAACGAUUCUGUCGUCCUGACAGAAGGUUUCAUUCAGGGUUCAGCCCGUGAAGAUCUCAGUUCCUCCUCAUCCUCUUCCUCCUCCUCCUCCUCUUCUUCCUCCUCGUCCUCCUCUGUCUCGCUUGGAUUGGUUCCAUUGCUGCUAUCCUUGAACAACACCACGCCUCCUCAUUGUUCAGUCUAUGAUGAUGAUGAUGAUG